AUGAAGGACAAAGACGGCCCUACAGGGUUGUCCGAGGAUCUGCAGCGUCCAGAAGAGAGGAACGAUGCGAACACACAGAACCUUUUCGCCGGCGGGGAGGGCGCCUCCAGGGCUGCGGCAUCCGCGGUGGCACCGGUGGAAGCAAGAACCGACGCGAUUCCUUGUCCGUAUUGCGGGAGGACCUUCCGCUCAAGGAAGGCGAUGUUCGGGCACUUGAGAUCCCAUCCGAAGAUGAAACCCUGUGCGCCGCUCUUCCCUGGCGGGCCGCCGAAACCUGCUCCGGCCGGCGAUGCGGCGGCGGCGAAUGGCAGCGCAAACGGAGACACCAAGGGAAUGGAGACAAGCGUGCAGGACGGCGUGAUCUCCGUAGAGGAAGCGGCCAACAUUCUGCUGCAUUUCCGUUCCGCCAUCAUUGACAGGCUCAGCACGGCGGCGGGCGGCCAGUGCUUCGUGGCGGCCCGGCCAUACAUGAGGAAGAGGACGAAGAUGCAGUUGAUCGGUCAGGACAAGCUGAAUGGCGGCGGUGUAGGAGGAAAGGGAGAUUCAUGCCACAGGGACGAGAACCCCAUGAAAGAUGCGGCCGCCAACCUGCUGUCUUUCGGCUCCAGCUUCGCAGCAUCGUCCAUCGCGGCGGCGGGAGGCAAUAAUCUGGAGGCGGCCCUGCCAUGCGGGAGGAAGAGAAUGAAGAAACCGCAGACUGGUCGGCCGGAGCUGAAUAAUGGCGGUGGAGGAAAGGGAAAUCCUUGCCAUCAGGUUGGCAUCGGGGAGAUCGAGACGAAAUGCUGCAACGGCAAGCGUCCGGAGGUAGGAGGUUCGUGGAGAGGCGGCAAAGAUGAGGAGAGGUUGGAUGGACGCCGCAUGCAAAGUUGCAAUAUUUGCGGCAGUUCCUUCCCUUCCGGGCAGGCCCUUGGUGGCCAUAUGCGGAAGCAUUGGAAAGGGCCGAACAACGCCGCCGUACCCACCGCCGCCGCCGCUAGGAUUCCGUGGAAUGUGCAACCGGCGCCACGGAGCAGAGCCUUGGACAUCAAUCUAAACAGGUCGCCCCCUCCAGAGCACGACUCGGGCGACGUACCAGGUACGACCCAUGAAACUCCCUCUCUAGAGUGGGUUUCUUCCUCCUUCGCUUAG